AUGCAACAAGACGCAUUCAGUGGAGGCCUCGAUGGCGGUGGUGGAAUUUCAUUUAUGGAUUUGUUUGGAGGCGAGGAAUCAUCAUUGAAUUUACAGUUGAUGGAAGAAGAAGCAACCAACCACGUGUUGAGAUCAACAUCAUCGGAAGCAUCUUUGGAGAAGAAGAAAAACAACCAUAAUCCAAAUAAUAACAAUUCCAUUCCGAAGAGUAAUCAUCAUCUAUAUCCUCCAACAAAAUCGAAAAAUGAUGUUAUCCAUAGAAAUAAUAAUAAUAAUGGAAGCAGUGGAAAUGAAAUCAACAAGAUGAGCAAUCAUUUAUCCAAUAAUUCUCAAUCCAAGCAUUCGGAAAAGAAGAUGCAAAAGAAAAACGAAAAUUUCCAAAAUUUAGAAAAAAGCAAGCCUUUGAAGGAGGCAGCCUCGAAUCUGAGUAUUGUUGAUUUAUUAUUUGGAAAUGUAGGAUCAAGUACAUUGAGUGCUGGGUCGCAAACAAACUCUAAUUUCAUAGAGGAAGAAAAUCUUGCUAAAAGUAAGGAAGCGUCAUUUCCACAUCAAAGAAAGAGCAAUGAAAGAAACAUAUCGGAACAAACAUUACAAAAAAGUCAUCAACAAUUACAUUUGUCUCAGCAUUCUCACAUGGACACUCAAUCAUCUUCUUCUGAUGAAGAUGAGGAGGAUGAUUCUAGUAAUGAAACUCAACUCUUUAAAAGUAUCGAACAGAAAAAAGAUAAGGUCAUCCAAAAAUCAAAAACAACCCUUAAAACAAACUCUACUAAUUUAAAAACGAGCUCUGCCUCUGCCAUCAGUUUAAGAAAAUCAUCUCUUGCCAAAGAAAAGGAUAGAAACACUUCAGUUCCAAUGAAGCGAAAAUUUGUACAAACUCUUCUCGACAAGACCAUGUUUGAAAAAUCAACUCUUGCGAGACGAGACCAUGAAAACAUCCCCAAUGUAUCUUCUUCCCUCUUUUGCAUGUGUUGCAAUCAAUACAUCCCUAUAACCUCUACAUCAAAGAAUCCUUCCAAGAAAACAAAAAUUUCCAAAGGUACUCACAUUGAAUGGAGUGAACAUUUAGAGAGUGACACACAUAAGGAUUUGAAGGAAAUAUUGAAACGAUUUAAUGUAUUGUGCUUUGAAAGUGGUACAUGUAAGACAAGAUUUCAUCAUUUUGUGAAUGCUUAUUGUUUGAUGAAUUUUCACAAGGUAUAUGAAUUUGCAUGCAAUUUUCACAAAAAAAUCAAACGGAAACGAGUGAUCCCUAUUCAGAAUGAUGAAGAUGAAACUAAUAUGUUGGUCUGCAUUUUCAUUGAUUACAUUGUAAAUUUUGUGUAUCGAAACAAUUUUUCUACCGCUCUAUCGUUGGACAGACAAAUAAGUAUGCAAGAUUGUGAGAAAAGUGUGAAACGAUUUUUUAACAGCAUGAGAGAAAUGGCCCUAAGUGUAUCGUACCUUAUUUGGAGAGAUUAUGGAAAUUUUUUCGAGAGUCAAACUAAUGAGGAUUUUGGAGAAAUUCUUUCAGAUUUGGUGCAUCUAGGAUCUGAUAUUUUAACUCAUUUGGCAGAAUUUGGAAAUUUUAAUCCUGAAAAUCUCUUUUUGGAUGAACCUUUUGAUUGUGAGGCGUUAAUGCCGUAUCAUUCAAACUCAGAGGAAGAUGAAGAGGAAGAUGAAAGCUCGAACGAAGAGGAAUGGUCACAUGAACAACAUGAUUUGACAAUCCCCAGUAAUAAUUCAUCCAUAUUGUCUAAUGAGGAGAACGAAGAUAGUUCCUAUCAUGAUCGCUCACAGUAUUAUUAUCAUUCACAUCAUCCAUACUUUUCACUUUUCGUCAAAUUGUACAUUCAACAUUUUUUCAUGUUCAAGCCGUUGAGAGUGGUCAUACCUGAAGCGGUCGAAGAAUUUAAAAACGUGAUUGAAAAUACUGAACUCUCAUGGGAAGAAUGGGACAGUUUUAUACGAUCAAAGAAGAAGCAAUUUUUGUCCUCUUGCAAAGAUAAAACCUCCGAUAUCAAUAGCGUUCCAGAGACACAAAACUUGAUGGAUCAAGAAAGCGUCUCUUCUCCCUCACCUCAGUCUCAAAAUGUGACAACCCAGAAAAGUAUUGAGGAAUUGUUGUUUGGCUCCUCCUCUCAAACAUUUGAGAGUUUAUUUUUCAUGCCGACCAAUAAUAACAAGCCAGCUCCACAAAAAGUUGCAAAACAACAAGGUCAGCCUCGAGAGAAAUCAAAAACUCUCGAACUCUCUUCGAAUAAUGAGGUUCACAACGAAGAGGAAAUGUGGGAUUUGUUGCUUGAAGAGGAAGCUGGUUGGGUUCAAUAA